CACGGAGACGGCAUUCAGUACAGCAACUCGACUCCACUCCGACAACACACACGACACCGAAUAUUCUGGCUGGCUGUUCUGGCUGGUUCAAGUGAAGAGAAAAUCUUUUUUUUUUGUCAUUUUAUUUUGUUCGAUUUGAAAUUUUUCCUGGUGCACAAACUUUAGCGAACCGGAAGCGGGAAAGCGCGCGUGACGUUUUCGAUCGAGACAUCAGCUCAAACGCAUCCCCGGAGUUUAUAUAAGAUUAGAAUCUGGCAGAUUCAAGUGCACAACCAGAUGGUUCGAAACUGAACGAAAAUUGUUAAAAAGUUACGAUAAACUUGGAUACGCGAGAAAAUAACUUCCUGAAUAGGAAAUUUUUUGAGUGAAAAUUUUAUUGAAUAAGCUUUUUUCGUGGUUUUUUUCAAGUGAAGCACUUAAAGAAAAGUUUCUAAUUAGUGAAAUUACGUGCUGCUGGGCCGAAGAAAAAGAUUUUCACAACGCAUAUGCUGAACUUUGGUAACGACCGAAACGAUUCGCUAGUAUGAACGAUUUCAACGAUAAGCAGGGCGCCAAACUUCAGGAACCGUACCUCUCUCCGGGGAUUUCUCGUGAACGUAGCUUUAUCCGAACCUCGAACCAGCAGGUAAUGGAUAUGAAUGCCAACAAACGACGUAGCUUGGCCUUCAGUCAGAGCCAGGCCAUGCAACACGCCCAACAACAGCAGCAACAGUUGCGUGGUAAGCCACCGAUGGAGAUCUAUCGUCCACCAAAUGUGCGCCUCGAUGGGCUGCCGAAUCAACAACAACAACCGAAUCAUAAACUGAACGUCAAUGCUCAAGAGUUUCAGAUGAAUAGCUUGAACGAUAAUCGACUCCCAUUGCCGAACUCUCGGUCUGUAGACCUAAUAAGGUCACUGAACAUCUACAGCAGCUCGCUGCAACACUCGAAGUCAAAUGUGACCAUGCCACUCAACAUGCACCCUCAGGCACAUCGAAUGCAACUGGGCAACAUCGGCAGUCCUCAGCGGGGACCGAUCAUGAUGUCUAACCCACCGAUGCAACAUGUAGGAAUUCAGAUGCAGUCCUCUCACAUGCCUCUCGUUAAUUCACCAUCCAGUGGAAACAUCCUACACUCUGGACCACGUGUCAAAUUUGCUCCGGAGCCUCUGAUUCAUCCAUCACACGCAAACAACAGCAGCAACAGCUUUCAACAGCCACAAAACACCAAAAACAGCACCCAAUCGACAAUUGUGCUGUCCAACAGUCAGAACAACAACAACAACAACACCAUCAGCAAUAACAACCCAUUGAAUGUUGCACCUUUACAGCGCUCCAAGUCCCUGUCCUCAGCCGACACACUGACACGUGGUCUGGCCGGACUGGGACUGGCCGUUGGGCCGGAAGCUAACGAUAUCGGUGCAUUUCCCCCGGAGAUACAGGCAAUCGUCGGCAAGGCGGCCGAGGAUCCCAACAUGCUAAACGCUCGCUGUCUGAUGGAACUGGCCACGCACCUGAUGCACCGGGCUAUCGAUGGACGAAGAUAUGCGCUUCCAAUCUCACGGCUGUGCAUCACGAUAAUCUCAAAGGAAAAGAAGGAAACCUUUUUGGAGGCUCUGUUGAACACUUGUCGGCAGUGGUACCAGGAACGUGAUAAGGUUCUCGGUCCCCCGAUUCUCAACAUGAAAAAUCCAGCCCGGCCCCGGUUCACCGCCUUCAUGGCCUUCCUCACGGAGAUGUUUUGUCAGCUAAAGCGUCGCCAGCUGCAGUUACGCACGGAAUGUGACGGAGUCCCUCCGCCCUUGCUCCUGCUAACACUGCUGGGUAAAUGCUGCGAGGACUGCGUUCGGCCACCCGUUCGAUCACUCUCUGAGAUCGAAUGUCUCUUUUUCGUGCUGACCUGCAUCGGUCGUGAUCUUGAGAUGCAUCUGCCCCAACAGCUGGAAACCCUUUUGGCCGCCGUUCGGGAUGCUUUUCUCAAUUCUUCGGCCUCGGCUCCGGCCAUCCGCCGCACUCUGCUGCAGCUGAUCGAGCUUCAGGCCUCCCACUGGCAGCUUCCCGGAAAUACGGUCCUCUAUUAUUACCCAUCUUCAAAGUAGUUUUAUCGAAGGCGUAGCCAAAUCUUGGCGUUCUAGAUGGACACAGCCUGGUCUGGUUGGAUUAUCCUGCUAAUUUUACAGAACAAAAUAGAUGCUUUUGCGCUUUUUUAGAGAAUUUCCCAGAUGUCAAAAAUUUGUUUAAAAAUCUCAAAUAUUUAUUAUAAAAUUUAGAAGAAAAAUUGUGAUAGUUUUGGAAUUGAAGCUCUACUUAUUCGAAACCCACGAAUUUCGAAUAUUUUAUUUUUUUCUGGAUUGUUCUUUGGAAAAGCUCAAAAAGCACGUUUUUCCUGCACUACAUGGAAAUCAAAAGCUUACCACUUUACAGUUUGACCAAAGUGUUGGAAAAUGGAGAACUUUCGACGAAUUAAAGAAAAAACACUUACCAAAAAAAUGAAACGAAACACUCGAUCGAACACGGUUUAAGAAAAAACGAAACAAAUCCCGAGAAAAAAAGGACCCUAAUUGUACCUUCUUUUUCGGAGCGAAAAUUCUCACACCAUAGGAAAGUGAAGCUAACCUUGAGUUUCCGGAUAAGCAAAACGACUUGAUCAGACUACAUUCCAUCAGUUGAAAGAAUGAAAAACAUAACGGAACAGUUAAGGAAAUUUUAUACUAACAUGCCCGACCUCGAAAAGUAUAUUGUAGCGUUAUCGAUUUUUAAUUCAUUGUUAUAUGGGAUUAAUUCACUACUGAUAUACUGAGGCCAUAUGUAACUCAAGUGAACACGAACCUUAAACGAAAUUAAAACUAAUACAGAACAUUAUUGUUUAAACGAAAUCAGUUUGACAUUAUUUAUUUAAACAAAAUGUAGGAUGAUAAUUUUGCAAGGAAAUCGUGCGAUGAACCAAUAAGGAAACAUUUUGAUUCGAAAUCUUGAAUUUGUUUCAGUUUUUUUUAGAUAUACUAUUGCAAGUAAUUGUAGCAACAAAAAAAUCAUAAAAUUCAUUAUUCUGAAAGAAAGAAAACAAGCGACGAUGCGGUUUUCCUUGUAGAUUUACAUGACACAAUACCUAAUAAAACAUAUUUAUUUAGAAAUUAAAUUGAUAACAAAUGUUAUUUUAACACACACUAGUCAAUUUAGGAAACGCUCCUACUCGUUAAACUAUAUCUCUAAUAUUCAAAACUAGAAAACUGACUGACUAACACCCCCAUGUUACAUCACAUAUAAACUACACACCUUAUCAAACACACUAAACCCCCAAAGGAGCACGUGUUGUUUACCGAACGCGAGCAGCCAACAUUAUUUAUUAUACGCAUCAGUGUUGUUUCUAAGGCACCCAAAGAGGGCUAAGAGAUGAAAAAACACAAACAAACGCCUCAAAUCGCUCAGAAGAAGCGGAAAACUUAUAUUUAUUAACCUAAUUGAGGACAAGCUAAUGAGAGAAAAAAAAACAGCCAAGGAAAAGCUUAACAAAAACAAAACAGGAAAAGUUACAAAUCAGUGCCAUCAAACCAACAACAGAACAAUCGAGACAUGUCCGCUAGCGCACCCUAAAUGAAGAAAAUGUCUUCAUAAAGUCGUUGCUAGGAAACAUUUUCCAGGCUACAAGCAGCAAAUAGGUAGGUGUCAAGCAGAAAGAAUUAGCUUUGCAGUUGGCUAAAAGAGGGAAAAAAACGCUGGCUGAAAAGCGGUAGGCGAUGCAUAAUUGCAUCGGAAGAUUGUGCGCUCUGAUUUUAUGCACACUAGCCUGCAUACCAUUACUUACGCUAAUCAGCUCCCGUGGACAGUUUGAAGGAAAAAAAUGAUAGCGGUUAUGUUUGAUAUUCAUUCGAUUCGUUCGAGCAAAUUGUUCCACUCAAGAAAUUACAAUGCAUCAUGAGAAACGGAAAAAAAUCAGAAAUGAAACACAACCGAUCUUUAGUUUGCAAAGGUUUUGAUUAUUUGAAUUGAAAACUGGCACAAUUUUUGUGCCGCGAUAAGUCUUGUAAACAGUAAGUAGGAUAUGAAUCAAUAAAAUUUAAUAUUCA